AUCAUGAUAAACAUAAACCGUGCACAAUAGGUGGCGCCAUCAAACAAAAUAAUACGGUACGUGGAGCCAUAGCCUAGGCCUAGCCUAAGUUUACUCCAAAUAUAAUAAAAUGGAGGAAACCGAAACAGAUGAUGAAUGCACAAUUUUAUAUGAUUUGUUUGUAUUAGCAGAUUGGCCACAAGAGCCGGAAUAUUUGGUGUCUCAGACUAGUAGAGUUUCAGAUGCUCCAGUGAAAGAUGGACAACAAGAGAAACAGAAAUCAAUGUGGUCAUGGGUUAGAGGUCAAGCCUUGUGGAGAUCACUUCCUUCUAUUGCCUCCAUUCCUCAAGCUCUCCUAAAAGUCAUCAGUUCUCGACUAGCAUGGCAGCUAGCUAUCGACAAUACGGGUCAAAUGCUAGCUGUCUUGCAAGAAACAUCAGUUGAAAUUCAUGUAGAGAGAGAUAACUUUGCUACAGUAAAAGGAAGGAGUUUAGUGCCAAAAGAUCCAUAUCCCCAGUUUCGUAAACUAGUCUGGAGUUCUGAUUCUACGUUUGUUGCCAUGUCAACUAGCUAUGGCAACAUAAUGGGUUUUGAUCUACUUGGCAAUGAGAAGUUCACCAUUGAGACGGUUCCAGUGCCUGAGCCGGGAUUUGUUGACCUAAGCCAGGCCUUGUGUGCACUUGUGUUUGUGGAUUGUAAAGAUGAUACUCAGUGGUCAACAGAAUUGUUAGCAAUUAACUACCAAGGAAAGUUGCAAAGUUACCUAAUAAGCAUUACAGGAGACUUCAUCAAAAACUACUGCUAUUCCUUCAUCAGCGGGUGCCCCCAAGGAGUUGCCACUGCCACCUAUGAUAAGAAGCAUUCGCUACUCAUCCUGGGAAGUUCCAACAUACUGGAAACGGAUAAUAGGGAGGUGUCUCAGGCACAGGCCCACGGGAUUACGGCAUGGAGGAAAUUGUCCGGACAUCCCUACUUCAAAGCACUUACUGACUUUACAACGCAAAUAAGUACUGCAAGGAGAAUGUCUCUAGGAAUGAGGAACGUCAUGCGCACAAGUGGACUUCUUGGAGCACACCAAAAACAGGAUGGGAUUUGCAAACUAUGCUUGUCUGCUAAUGAAUCUGUCUUAGCAGCUCUUCAUUGGUCAGGUGCACUAUCACUUUGGCAACUACCAUCACUACGCAGGAAACAAUACUGGCCAGUGGAACAGCAGUCUGAAAAUACAAGGAGGAAUGAAACUGUUAUUGGUAAAGAGCCAAUCCGCCAAGGCCUUGCUGAUAUUAACUUCUGGUCUGAUUCGGCAUUGAUAUUAGCUUGGUGUAAUGGUAAUGUUACUAUAUCAUCUGCAAUCAGUUUAAAUAACUUGAUCGGAGAAUCACAUGAAUGGAUGCAUCCAAUGCCACAGGUCCUGCCAGCUUUCAACGAAGGCUUCAUCGCACUUGAGUGUGAAGCUGUUUCUGGUACCAAGAGGCAGCGGGAUGACAGUUUGUCAGGUAGAAUGGAGUUUGUUGUUGAGGACGAAGAAGAUGAUGAUGACGAAUAUGAAAAUGCUAGUUACCUGCAACGUGGGAUAAACCUCUCCAAAAGAAUGAUGUAUUUUGUCACUGAAAGUGAAAGAUUUCAACCCCCAAGAAAGAAACCUAAGUUGGUUACUAGGACCUAUCGCCUCUUACAACUAAAGAAAACGACCCCAGCUGAAUUUUUUUCUAGAAAGAUUGAGAAUGAAGAAUAUGGCGAAGCAUUGAUCCUUGGCCAAAAGUACAACUUGGACACAGACCAGGUUUACCAGCAUCAGUGGAGGAAGAACAGGGUUACAAAGAAUACCAUUUAUGACUAUUUAAAUAAGAUUCAGAAGCAGUCAUGGGUUUUAAGAGAAUGUCUGACAAGAGUUCCCGAAGAUCUGGAGGCAGCGGAGGAGCUCUUGCAGUACGGUUUGCGAAGAACUCAACUUAAGACAAUACUGGACAUGGAUUCGCAGGAAUACCAAAGUCUUCAAGAAGAUGAUGAUGAUGAUGAUGAUGAUGACCUUGAUAACAGCAGUGAUUUAAUGGGAGAAAGACUUCAGAAAAAAGAGCAGAGUUUGCUGAAGGAAAUCAACUUUUCCAAGUUAACUUUUGAGCAAAUGGAAGUCCUUCGCUGUCGUAUCAAACUCCUGAUGUAUCUAGAUCGACUGAAAACCUAUGAGGCUAUACUUGGAGGAGGAGAGACUGCCCUAAGGAAGUAUGACAAGGAUUUCUUUGAUGAAUUUCGUACCAAGAACAUUGUGGAAGCUGCCAUAGACUAUGCACAAAAUUCUGAAUGUGAUGCAUUACAUGUACUAUUCACGUACCAUGGAAGUGACCUUCUUCCACACCGGCUACUAAUCCUGGGAAACAUACCAGAAACAACGCCCCCACACGACUACGAAAAUCUUUUGCCUGUUAUAUGUGGAGAAAACAGAGCAGUUGAAUGGGAGGAGUACACCCACCGUGAAGGUGAUUGGUCCGAGUCAAGCCCAUGUCAGGCAAUCCUUUAUCCGAACCCUAUCGAUUAUGGUGCAUUUUUGUACGAGGAGGAUGCCGAGGUGAAGCGGUUCAGAUGCGUUAGACCAUCACAUGAUCUCCUGAGGGAUUGGUAUCUGAUGAGAGCCAGAGAGAUGGAUGAAUACGCAAGCCAGGUGGACAAUGCACUUGACCUUCUAAAUAUUGCAAUGAGUGGACAGAUUAAGGGAUUAGAAGAAGUUUAUGAUGACUUGCAGACUUUGUCUAUGUUGGUGUAUGAAUGUCAGACAGAUCCUGGCCUCUCAUUGGCUCGUCUACAGAAAAUGUCAGAUUUAGAGAAGAUGAAACUUAUGAUGUCAAAGUCUACACUUGAAAUGUAUGUGAAAAAUUAUCGGAAGUGGAUUGCGUGUUUUCUCGAUCAAUGUGAAAUUCGACAUCCAGGAAAAAGAAAUAAACUAACCAAAGAAUAUUUAGUAGACAUGGCUAAGGAGGAUCUGACAAUAUGUAAACUAAUUUUCGAAAAUUCAAAACCUGGGCAGGUUGCCAAUCCUAUAAUCAGUGAUUCAGCAUUUUUGACUGAAGUAGCCUUGGAUGUGUUGUAUGCUUGUGAUAGGACUGACCAGUUGAAUAUAGCCAUCCAAAUUGCCAGCUGCAUAACACCCACUAAGCCAAUUUCACGGAAAAAAGCUAAAGGUGAAACUGGGGCUGUUGAUAAACUUGAUACGCAUCUCCAGGCCCAAGAGCUUCUUCAGCGACAUCAGAUUGAGAAGACUCUGAGAUUUUUAAAGGAAACUGAACAAGAUGAAGAAGAGGCUACGAAAAUUAUGAUACGCUUGACACGACAAGCUGCUAAAAGAAAAGUUUUACCUGACCAGAAGGAGUGGCAUCAGUUGUUGGAAGAUCUUCUGAAUCUACAGAGAAAUGUAUACAGCUGCAUUAAGCAGGAGACAUGCCAUGAAAUUUAUGUGCAAGGUCUUCUGGGUUCAAACCAUUUACCAACCAUUAGGCUAGCAGAAGAAGUCCUCAGUCCAGCCAAGGAGGGACCUGAGAGCAGGGGAAGAAUUGGCUAUGAAAGGUCCUCCAGUCUGACUGUAGAGGCUGCCAGAGAGUACUUCAACUCAUCCGCUAAUCUCAUGGACCCGUCAAUGGGUCUGGCAAGAUCAUGCUUGCAGAUAAUGAAGGACAUACCUGACGUCAUACAGCAGGAACUGGACCUUGUGGCAUCACUUGCUCUACUCGAUGAUUUCAAGGUCUCAGUACUCCCCUUGCAAGUGCGACUAUGUGAAGAUCGUUUGGAACUAGUUGCAGAAGCAUUGGAAUCAUCACCUAAUGCUUACAAGGAUCUGCGAAAGUUAACUAAAUUAGCUAAAUUGCUUCGAAUUUGUGGUGGAAAUGAAAUGGAAAGGAAAGGAAAGGUGUUCAGCUUAAUCACAAAAAAAGCUAUGAAGGUAAACGAUUACAAACUUGCCUACCAGGUAUGCAGUGAAUUGGUGGCUGAUAACUACAGCGCUAUAUGGCCUGUCUGUAGGCAACUUGGAGAAGCACCAGACUUCAAAGAACUUGAAGCAAAAUCUGGCCUAUUGGCAUUUGCUGUUAGCCACUGUGAUCCAGACAACCUCUUAGAUAUACUUCUGUCCAAAACACAGCUUGAAACACAGAUCUUAUAUCAACGUCUUGGAAAUCUUGCUGAAGAUCAAGGAGGAGAAAGUGAAGAAGAUGUUACCAUGGACACACAGAAUGACUCAGCAGGAUUGGCCAAAUCCCUUCUGUCCAGUGUCAGCGGCAUGUCCUGGGGGAGUGUCAAAGGUUGGAUACGACCGCUCAUGCAUCAACAGAGUAGUGUAUCCAGUGAUAGUGAUCGCCAUGGCAACCAAGCUAUGGAGCAACAAGGGUGUCAUCCAUUCUAUGAGGAUGUCAUAUCAGGUGCAUUGCUGGACAAGACAUCAAUGCAGUAUGAUCGGUUUGUGACAUCAUCUGGUGAUGCCUACCCUAGGUUUUUGCAGCAGUCGAUGCUGCGUGCCAGCUUGAUGUCUGAUGGUCAGAUGCUAACUCUACCUGAUAGUCACGUACUCCUUCAGCUUUGUUCAGAAUGGUUGCCAGUGGAUGCAACACUUGCCCUAAGCUAUCUACUAUCACUUCCAAAGGCCACUGAUGCACAUAAGUGUCUGCGCAGCCUUCCACAUUCAGUCAUCUCCCUGCAGCUUGGUGCCUACUUCUAUGCCCUUCAAAUCUACAGCCACCAGCAUCCUUGUAAUGAAGCUGGCCUAGCUGAUGUCUUCACUAAAUCUCCUUCAGAUCUGAUCUUGGAGGUGAGUGAAGGUAAUCGCUUACAAGGGGAGGAAGCUAAAAAUCUGUAUGAGCAGUUAGACUGGUUUUUGAAGCUGUUAGCUGAUGUUGUGCAGGCAGAGAUGCUUCGGAGUCUUGGAAAAGGUGUUGAUGUUUCUAGAUUCAGUUCAGAUGAUGAAUACAAACAAGAAACAAUACUAGGCCUUGUCAUGACACUUGAUGAAGAGGUGUAUAAUAUAGCAGUGUCACUAGCUCACAGGUACCAGGUGUCAUUAUGGGAGCUGCAUUGUACAUACCUGGAAUUCCUUUUCACUGAUAGUGGGCUAUCAACAGAAGAAGUUGAGGAGAAAAUCAAAAGCAAGGAAAUCCUAGGCCCACUGCUUUCCAAACCCAAUGACUUCCAUGCCAGGCUUAUCAGCUCUGUAUACCCUACGUUAGAUGGUCGAGAUCAUUCUAGGCUGCUCUAUUAUUUUACCUUACUCAAUAGCUGUGGUGUUCAGGAAGGCGAUGGCCUCAACCCUGAUACUCAGUUGAAACUCCUGAAGAAGCUUAAGUCGGCAGCCUUUGGUCUGGAUUACAAAGCUCUUACUGACGGUGAAGCAGAUCCAAUGGAGGUGAUCCAGCCAACACUCAACUCUUCCAACGUCCAUGUGUUUGCCAAAAAUGCAUCCAAGAUCCCAAAACCAGGUGGAGGUUUUCUCGAUCCUGAAGCCAUAUUUUCUGCACAUAUUUUGAAGCUGUUUUGGGAGGGAGAUCAAGGCAUCAAAGAGGCCCCACAGAGCAUGGCUGAUUGGCUGAAACGCUUUGAAGCCUGCAAGGAGUAUUUCAGUCGAGUGUCAACCAAAGAAGUCGUCAGUAUUAUUCGCAAUAUUGUAUUUUCCAAGCAGAGUCUAGAAAAGCUUGAUGUAGAAUGUAGGGAGAAUAUUAUCAGGCGGGGGGUGAAAUCUAUCCAGCAGCAAGGGGGUAAAAAGAAAGGGCCAGUAGCAGGAGACUUAGAGGAACAACAGCAAUUGAUGAAACAGUACUUGAAACAUAUCACCAGUGUACAAGAUUCUUCGAUUCAAAUGCUUGUUAAUUCUGAUAAGGACAUGGAAGUUGAGUAUGCACUGGAAUAUGAUUUAUCAGCUGGAGAUGUAGACAAGCUGGCUGUUCUCCUAACAAAGAUGGCUGUAAAUGGUUUAGAUGUCACAAUUAUUAAUAACAUAAUUAAACUGACUGAUUGGAAGAAACCUACCAAAGUUGUGUACCAAGAAUCUUUGCAAUCGUUACUUAACUCAUUAAGGUGCUCAAGUCUCUCUGAUUUUAAUGUAGAUAAACAGACAUUUUCUACACAACUUAAGAAUCUUUUGGAUUCUGUCACAAGGCAUGAGGAGAAUAGUGGUGACCUUUUGAAGAUUGAUGACAUUCUACCCAAGCUACAAGAUUUCUGUAGAGAUGUUGGUCUUCAACAAUCAAAACGACUGCUGGUUAUUGACGCAACAGAGCAGUUUGUUGAGAGAAUUUACCAAGAGCUUGCAGAUCGACAUUACAAUUUAGCCUGCCUGAAGGUGGCGCUGUUGACGAGUCAUGGAGUUGUUCAUCGGAAGGCUUUUGAGUUCAUGAGUGGAAUUGAUGAGGUAACUGAUGACAUCUAUGACGAUGAAUUACUGGAACUUUUAAUUGCCUGCGACAAAGUUGCAUCGUUUGUCAACACUAAGUUCUAUCCCGUAUUAGUCGACCACGUUACAGAAAAGAACAGAAGGGCUAUACCCGGCCUAACCAAGCAGCUAUACCAUGCAGGCUACAAAGGGGAGGCGGGAACCCUGUACAUGUCCUACAAAGGAUCUAAUAACAUGUUGUGGACGCUAAACACAGCCAUGGCAUCGGUGUCAAAUUUCAUGAAGAAAUUUACUGAUGGUUGAAUGUUUUAAAUGCUUUAUAUUAUGAGGAUUAUGAAAAUUUUAUUUAAUUUAUGCUUUGGGUCCAUUAUCGAUUUGGUUAAAAUCAUAUAUAAAUUUCGUAAUUUGGCUUAUAAAAGAUAUACUAACUUGAAAUGAUGAAAGUCAUUGAACAACUGGAUCCAACAAAUAUUAUAAUUUUUUUUUUGUUUGAUGAAGGAAUCAUUUGAGACUUUGACAACAUUUGAAUAUAAUAAACUGAAAGAUUAAUAAUGAGUUACAGUAUUUGAAUUGCUUGCUUUUGUAUACUUAAGUAAGUUUUUAACUAUCAGUUGAAAACUGGAAUGGAAAAUAUUUUAUAAAUUUAUUAGCAAGUCGAUAUUUUAAUUGUUUAGGUUUGUCCAUUUGUUUUUACUGUUGACAGUAAAUCUUAUAAUUUCAGAAAAAAAAACAUCAAAAACAAUAAGAUAACUUUUUAUUGAUCAGCAAUUCAACGAGGGCAGUUGAAUAGCUUGGUUGAUAGAUGCUCGCUUUCCAAUCCCAGGGUCCUGGGUUCAAAUCCCAGGAUUUUUUCUCAACAAAACAACACUCCAUAUAUGUAGAGCAACAUGGGUUUAUGUUUGAGAAGGGAUUGCCUCUUAUCUACUGCUACAGUGAUUAAGUUGCUAUUGGUAAUCCUUGGCCAUGUACCUAAAGGAAUAAGAUAAAAAUAAAAUAACUGUAAAUUCAUUAUCUUUGGGCUAAAACUAAUGACAGAGUACAGACAUAGCACACAUUCAAGAUAUUUAACAGUAAUUAUGGAGAUAACUCUAAUAUAAUAUAAUAUAAUAACUCUAAUAUUCAAUUGUGAAGAAUCAUUAUUUUACUUUUUUAAAAGAGUGAAUAAGAUGAGGAAAAUUGCAGACUACCUUAAAAUUCACCACACAAUAUAAAAUGAAAAAAUAUAAUAUAUUGUAUAUAGUUCUUUGGUUGUAUAUACAGCAAAUGGCAUCCUCAUAGCUAUAUAUAAUAAUAUGAAAUGAUAUUCCAUUUUCCAAGGAAAUGUAUUUGUAUAACAUAUCAUCCAGUUUAAUUUAUGUUUUAUUUACUUUGCAUAAUUUGAUUGAGAGUAUGAAUCCAGCAUGCCUUCGAGGAGCCGGUGGCCGGGAGCGCUAAGGCUAGCAGCCAGGGUCUGAAGCGAUUAGAAGCUUGCAUACAUUAGGCCCAAGCUAUUGAAAUUUAUUAUAAUCCAAGACAAAAAUAACCAAUAUCCUAUGAUAUUUUUAUUAGUUAACACAGUUUUCAUUGAUUACUAAAAACAUGUGGUUCUCUGUGUUGGAUUUUGUCUGCGCUACCUAGGCCAAAAGGAGUGACGAUUUAACAAUAAAGUACAUGUUCAUAUUAUGCUUAUUUGUGCCCUUCAUUCACAUGACUGCUAACGUGCCAACGGUACCUUGCUAUGCAGUUACAAAUUCUGAAUUGUUUCACACCUCAAUGUUGAUGCAUAGGUGCGCUAUGUGGGCUGAGAAUGAAAAAGAAUAAAUGAAAUAAAAGAAAACAAAUAUUUAAUUUAAAA